GAGAUACUCGUCGUACUGCAUACCUCCAAAUACACUGACAUAUUUGUUUGAAGUACUUCUUCUAGCAUCUCCACAAUCAGCUUUACAAUCACUGCAUAUCGAUGGUGCUUAACACAAUUCUUCUACUCAUUUAGUUCACAUCUUUCUGAACUGUUUUUCUGAAAAAAAUCACAUAUAUGUUCGUGGAUUUAUGCAAAAUCCUUUCUGUUCUAUGUAGACCGUAUCUACUUCUGUAUACAGGAUGAACCACCGAUUUCUUAAUAUCUGGUGCUUUAAACAUAGUAUGCUACUGGAAUUUUAAAAAGAAAAUUUUUGUUGUGUUAGAAGAAACGGAAUAUUAGUUCAAGUGUUAAAUUCCUCCAAAAUACUUUUAAUUUUCAAUCUUUUUUUAUCUUUUUUCGCGAUCACUACUCAACCAGCCCAAAAGAAUCGCUUAAAUCUGGGAGUAUUACAGGAUAUGUAAACAGGAAUUUACUGCAUUCGGUCACUUUGGUAAACCUAAAGAACUCAACGAGAAGGCUAUUUGCAGAAUUGUGACACACUAUUGAAAUGGCAAGUGCAAUUCAGCCAAAUAUGCUUUAUUCCCACUUAAAUGUACGAUGCCGCAUACAUCACAAAGGCUUUCACAACAGAACUCACUACAAGGACACAGAAGACGACAUCACCGAAGGCAACAGUCAUCCGAUUCUAUAACUUCUACUAGCCGAGACUUCAGUACAGGUCGUGCUAUAAAUCGUGAAUCUGAUUAUCCUCAAAAACAACUUACAAGAAAACCAAGGCCAGUGAGUUCACACAUGCCUAGAGGAAAACAGAAUUCACACUCUAGAGAACAAUCGAUUUCAUAUCAGUACCCCAAUAAUCACCUGCAUGAAACGAAAGAAAAUAAGAGAGGCAGAUUAACAAAUAAAGAACAAAUGAAUUAUCGUAAAAGACUUUUAGAAAUGCAACGUACAAAUGAUUCAUCAGGUUCUAACUCCAAUCCAAACAAAAAUGACACUAAUCAUACUAACCAUUUUCAUCCUCUUUCUAUGAGUGUAGAAGAUGCUUAUUCACGUAGAUAUUCACAAAUGCAAAACAUUCCACGUCAUGCAAAUCAAAAAAGAGGUAUGUAUGACGACCGAAAAAGUCCUCCGACAAAUCCUAUGGAAUAUCAAAUCAAGAAGUCUAAUUUAGAUGAAAUCGUUGGCCUUGCUGCCAAUGACUGUCAUUUACUUAAUUACUAUCCGUAUGGAGUAAAUAUGCCAAAUGAUCCUUUGAAUGAGUGGAAUUCAAACAAAUCUCAAGCUUUUCCUUCAUAUAACCAAAGUGGUACAAAUAUUGGUAGUAGUGGUGGUGCUGGGGGGAACCUUGGCAGACAGCAAGUUCAGUUUGGACUGAAUACUUUGGAAAGUUUUCAACAAGGUUGUUUAACUUCUUUGGCCAGUAUGCUACUUUGUCCGCAUACAAUACUUCCUAUUAUGGUUGGAUUAUUUAGUAAUUUUGGGUCACCUUAUGAUUAUGUACAAAAAUUAGGUGAAGAAUUAGUUUACUUAAAGCAAUCAAACCCAUAUUAUUAUGAUCAAGCUCAAAUUGGAUUCAGUUUUUGGCCUGGAAUUUUACCAGUUAUAAUUGCUAGUAUACUGGGUUAUAUUUUGGGCUUAUCACUAGGAUGGCAACUAGGUUUUGCUGUUGCUGCAACAGCCACCUUACUGUAUGCAUUAUUUUUUGGUGCAAUACUGUUUGGCGUACAUGUUAAACACUGGUCAAGAUCGAUUGAAUUAGCUGAAACGAUAUCACGUUAUAUGAGAGGAUGUAAUCUAUUUUUUAACAUUCUCUUCUAUCGCUCACCACAAGCCCCCCGGGUUGCUCAACCAGUAAGAUUAAUACCAAUCAGUAUAAAUCUAUCUAAUUUCUCUACCAGUACUGAGGCAGCUGUACAUUUAGUCGAGAAAAUGUGGAUCUCUAUUGAACAGAAGUAUGGUCGUCUAGCUGUAAGAUUACAGUGGGCCAGUAGGGAUGUAUACGGUGAUUCUACAAAAACUUACCGUAAAGUUUGUUGCCUUCCAUCAUGUUUAUGGGUAUUUGUCAAUAUAAUCACUCUACUGAGUAUGACUACACUAAUUGCAGUUGACCAUUCAUUUUCAUCAGCGGAGAAUGGUAGUAAAACUUCGACUACAAAAAUUGAUGGUGAUGGAAACACUUUGACAGAAAAUUUAAAAGUAUUUAUUAUUGUUUGUGCUGUUAUAUCUGGGCUAAGCUUUCUCAUCCUGAUUGCAGCUAUAACACCAGGGAUGUUAAAAUUGUUGCAUGGUCGACCAUUUCAGCAUCCAAUCAAAAAACCAUUCUAUCCAGAUCUUGAAAGUUAUACAGACAUUACACUGGAUAGUUGUUAUGGUAACAGUAUACGAAAAUUGUAUCCAGAACAUAAUUGUAUUGAAACAAACCAAUGUGGUAAUGGAGGUGGAGCUACAUGCUUUACUUACGGAAAUUACAAUAGUAAUAAUAACCAUAGUGCGCGUCAAAUGUUAUGCAGCCCAAAUCGGUUAGCUUCAGCUGCAUCUAUGGCUGCCGCAGCUGCAGCUGCAGCUGUUACUGCAGCAGAUCGACACUGGAGACAAAUAGAAAAUGCCAAAAUGACUAACCAUCAUCAUUGUCAUCAGCAAAUUUAUGAACGAGGUCAGUACAAGCCUAACAGUGAAUUUGACAUCGAGGGUAAUCUAAAUGGAAUAAAUCCGAAAAUAGAUAGCAAUUCCAGUUGUCGUGAUGAUGACGAUGAGAAUGAAGAAUCAACUGAAGACGACUCAAAACAGUCUGAUUCAAGUGAGCAUAGCACUGCUGAAGAAGAAGAAGAAGAAGAAGAACAUGUUUCUCGAAAUGAUGAACUAUUAUUCAAUUCUGGAGAGUUCUUAAUCAAUGGUCAAAACAUUCCAGCUUCACAUCACAGAAGGGUUAGCAAAAAACAUUUUUUUAGUCCUAGUCGAGGCAAAUCCAAUUCGAAAACAUUGCGGAAUAAUAGACGACGAAAAACUAUAUCUGUUGAACGUCAGAAAAAUGAGCAGCUUCUAAGACAGUACAUGUUGGAUGCGUGUUCUGUGUUAUCUAUGUUGGACCGUAGAAUAGGUGGUCGACAAACCCGUUUAAUAAUCUGCAUUAGUGGAAUCACCGGAGUGGUAGAGAAUUCAAUAACAAACAAGAAAUUAUUAGAUUUUAUGCAUUUGUUAGACAACAUUUUAAUGAAGCCUCCAACUGGUGGAAAGAGCUAUGAUGUCCCUUUAAUACUUGCCCCCAUCGGUGCUCCAGAAAAAGUGAUGAAUGACAUCCCACCUACUGUUUGGGUGCCUAAUGUUGUUGUGAUUGUUACCGCCAACGUCUCAGGUAUAUGCAGUGAAUAUUCAAGAAUGCCUUCAUUGAAUUCACCUAAUGCUGGUGAUCCUAACUUAUUGAACUCAAUGUCUUCCUCACAAAGAUUGAUAUCAUCCAACCCCACGUUCGGAAAUAAUAUCAAAAUAUGGCACUAUAUUCAUCAACUGUGUCAUUUACCUAUCUACAUUGAAGACGAACCAACUGCCUUCAGAGUAUGCGAUCAGAUAAAUGAACAAUCAUUUAUAAGCCCUGCACGAUCAGCAUCAAAUAUACAAAAUUUACAAGAGACGAAGAAUGAAAUUCCUCAACCUAAAUCUUUGAUAGAUCUAUACACAGGGAAUCAUGAGUUAUCGCACUUCAAUAAAAAGAAGUUUCGCCAUCUUCUAACACUGACAGCUUUCAUGGGUCGAAUGUUAAAACUUGAUCGAUUGUUUACCCAGCGUACAAUUUAUAUGAGUAGUCAGAAAAAUCCCUAUUAUCUUAAUGCCCUACAAUAUUUCGCCAAUGAACCAUCGUUAAACACUCUUGUAACAUGGUUAUGCUUUUUAAUUCAUUGGCCAUUUCAUGCUGCUUGGUUGGGUGUAUUUAUAGAUAAUUAUCAAAAGUGUGAAAUGAAUGUACGCGUCAAUUAUUUACUGAACGAUAAUACAUCACGUUCACAGCCCGAAGGUCUGAAUCAAACAUUGAAUGGUGUGAAGGUCAAACAAUUUGGAAUAGAACAACUAGGUCCAAGUUUAACUGUUCUAUAUACACGUGUGCUGAAAAGGCUUGGUCCUCUUCUUCAAACAGUACGUCUUAAAGCUCUAUCAUCAUUUUCAGUUGGAAGUGCGACAUGCCCAACAUCAGCAACGAUUCAUUCAAUUAAUGAGCCUUUUCUUACCAAUGAAUUAUUGACAAGUACUAACAAAACCUUAAAAGUAUGCGAACUAGCCUUUUAUGAUAAAGAUCCAGCAAAACUUGGAGAGUUUUUAAAGUUGUGUGAUUCCACUCAAUCUGGGUCGGUAUCAAUCAAUCAACUUUUAAGAUUGAUGAAAUUAACACCAUUCAUAAAUCCACAAAUCAGUAAAUGGAUUAAAGAAGUAUUGUUGCCAAAAUUUAAUAUUGUUGAGAACAAUGUCGAGGAAAAAGGAAGAAAAACAACGAGUUCACGGAGUAGCCAACGUUCACAAACGUUUAAUGUUAAAGUAGAUCAAGAUAUUGACCCAACUCACCCAGUAGAUACCAGAAAAGAAUCCCUUAGAUCAUGGAUAUUAAAAAUGAAGGAAUCUGUUCCAAAGAAACCUUUGAAUCAGUUCACAGUAGAUGAAGUUUGUCAACUGGUAGAAAAAAUUGUCAUUUUUACUUCAAAAUAUCAAGUUAUUAACGUAGUAAAGUCUUGUCAAAAUAUCAAAUCACAAUUUCAAUCGACGAGUAAUGAAACUGAUUCAACACUGAAUAAACCAUUAAGUUCUGAAGAAUCUGAAACAUUAAUCAAUGAUCCAAUACCGCCGGCAGCUGUGAAUACAACAGUUGAUCAUGUACUUAUACAUUCAAACAUUAAACGUUAUACAGACUCAAUUCGAAAGUUAAAUAUUACUGGAAGUGUUUUAGAUUUAUGUUCAUUGAAAGAUUUAGAAGCAAAAAUUAAUAUGUUACCUGUUGAUUGGAAAAUGUUUUGUGCAUUUAUACAACAUUUAAAACAAACAGAGUGUAAAGAAACAGUAGCAACAAAAAUCCCUAAUUCAAAUGAACACUUCAGUUUACUUCAUGGGCAAUUUCCACAGAAUCACCAACAUCAGAAGAUAACACAAACAUCAAGAUAUAAAUUUAAUGAGAUAGACAAAUCUUCAGUAAUAUCUGAAGUAAGAAAAGAUCAGUUAAUGAUGAAUACAGUGAGUGAUACCAGUCUCACAGUAAAAAGUGCACCAUUAACAAAAGAUUAUCAGUUUGAUAAUGACUUAAAGUUAUACGAUCAUAGUUGUAAUGAUAAGAAAGAUAGAAUCUCUGUAACUAAUAACAGUAGAUCUAUGAGUAUGACAGGUGUAAAUAAGCUAAGUGACAGUAAGAAUAAUGCAGAAAGUUAUACUCAUGUGCCAUAUUAUAAUGACACCAAUGAACUUUCUAAGCAAAAGGAUUACCCUCAACAUCACUCUAAAAUGACUGAACGACUAAUUGAUAAUAUACCAAUACCUUGUGAGAAGCAUCAGUCGAUGUUAGAUUCAAAUAUUAUAUCACCACAGUCAAGAAAUAUGCAUUAUAAUGAUAAAAUUAUUAAAUCACAAUAUGAACUCAGGUCUAGACCAUGCCCUGAUAGCAUUCAUCAGAUAUCACAUCAAAAGUUAAAGCAUCAAAAAUCACUAGAAUCUAGAGUAACUUGUGAUGGAAAUGAAUGUGACUGUUACUUGCAUAAUUCAACAUUCCAGGAUGCAAUGACAGUAUAUCGGGCUUACACACUACCUCAUUCCUUACAGUUACAUCAACAGAAACAUCAUCAUCAAUAUAUGCAUGAUCAUGCAGUGCAUUCUCCUAGAUUGUUAAACACUACCUUUUGUAGUCGUCAUCGUUUAUAUGCAGGUGACAGCAAUUUAGCAAAUGCAAUGACAGCAGAAGAAGAAAUGUUAAGUGACAAUUUAGAAUCUUCAAGUCAUAGAUGCAUACAGUGUAAACCUGCUUUUCAUGCUGAACACCAUCAUCACUGCCCUCAUCAAUGUAUCUCUGAUCAACACAGUACGUAUAAACUAGUCAAUUCAAGUGCACCACAUUCACAUAAAACUGCUGAAUUAAUGCGUCAUUCCCUAGAGUUACCCAAUACUCAUAAUCAUGAUGUUAAAAAAAUUACGCCGUCACAAAUCCCAGUUAUACGUCAUUUCAAUGUGACUACUGACUAUCCACCACCUUAUAAAAAAGACUCAGCUUCUACUUCAUUGGCUGGUGAAAUAGGCGAUGAAGUUGCUGAUAUGAGUCAGAUUAGUGCAGAUGAAAAUGAUGCAGAUGACACUUCUGUACUACUUGAUCAGAAAUUGGAAGGUAGAAGACUAAGACAGAUUUCAGUUGGUGCUACCGCUGAUACAGUUAUUUAUUCACAUCAGUGUGACUGCAGUUACUGGUAUGCGAAUGAACAACAACCGCCACACUGUCAACAUAAUGGUCAUUAUAAUUUGAAACAGUCAAAUGACAAACACAAUGAAAAUUCUGGAAAAAUAAUUCAUUCUGAUAUACAGGGAGAACAAAUUAAUUCUAGCCUAGAUACACUCAGCACUACAACAAACAGUAGCAGUAAUAAUAGUAGUAAUACCAGUAUUAGUAACGAUAAUGCCAGUGGACAUAGUCAAUUAGAUGCUAUCAAUUCAGCUGAUAGUUGUGAUCAAAUUACAUCCGAAUCCUCUAGUGAUAAUACAGUUAACUCAAAGUGAUGGUUUAAUUAAUUAUUCUACUGAAAUUCACUAUGACAAUUUGUCUAAUACAAAAAAACCAAUUAAAUCUACAAGAAAAGUACCAGUAGAAGAAAAGAGAAAAAGUAAUAAAGCAUAAUAGUCCAAUUUUUUCAACUGUCAAAAGAAGAAUUAAAUUAUACCAACUGAUGGCAAGUAUUAAAUGCAUUUCUCCUCUUUUAAUUAGUCAGCAUCAAAUUGUUCGCUGGUGAAUGCAAUCAUAUGAUGUCAGUUUGAUUACUAACCAUUUCUUAUCAACACACCCUCUGAAAUGCAUCAGCCUAAAUUAAGUUAGUCUACUUUUACUUAUUUGCAGAUGCAAAGUCUAUCAAUAAUACCUGUAAAUUUAGGAUUUAGAUAAUAAAUUAUUGACUUAUAUUUCUUAUAGACAAUAAUUCAUUGUAAAAAAUAAUAACAACAAUAAUCAUAGUAAAGAGACUGAAGGAUUAUUAGCAGUGAAUUUUAUUCAACUUAGGUAAUUAUUGAAACACAUGAACAUUGAAUUUCUUUUUGCUUGUUUUUUUCAACUAUGUGAGCUAAAUGUUUGUUUAUGUAUUGAGAUAACCGUAGUAGUGAAUGAUCUGCAGUUGCAUUUAUGAUCCUAAUACUGCUUUUCUUUCUAUUUUAUCUUCCAAAUUGUAUUCCUUGUCAAAUCAUUCAAAUAAAUGUUGUAAUCGCUUUCAUCGUUA